UGGAAGAGGAUUGCCUAAUUAGGUUUGCUCUUGGUCCGAAAAAGCUUUAUAUAAUUCCUCCCACAUAUUUACUUUGCCGGCUUCUUUUUUUUUUCUUUUGUCUUUCACCUCUUUCGCUUCUCCACAAUGAUCCGCUCACUUCUCGCCACCGCCAAGCCCACCGCAGCUCUUCGUCUUGCCAGACCCGCCAUUGCCCAGACUGCUCGUACCUAUGUCUUCCCCGCUGGCCAGCGCGAGUUCCUCAAUGACCGCUUGAAGCAAACUGACCCCGAAAUGUUUGAUAUCAUUGAGAACGAAAAGAAGCGUCAGCGUGAAAGUGUGUGCCUUAUCCCCUCUGAGAACUUCACUUCCCGCGCUGUGAUGGAUGCUUUGGGCAGCGUCAUGCAGAACAAGUACUCUGAAGGUUACCCUGGUGCCAGAUACUAUGGUGGUAACGAGUUCAUUGAUAUGUCCGAGAAGCUCUGCCAACAGAGAGCCUUGGAAGCUUUCAACCUUGAUCCCUCCGAAUGGGGUGUCAACGUCCAACCCUUGUCUGGUGCUCCCGCCAACUUGUACGUCUAUGGUGCUAUUAUGAAGCCCCAUGAUCGUUUGAUGGGUCUCGAUCUUCCCCACGGUGGCCAUUUGUCCCAUGGUUUCCAAACUCCUACCAAGAAGAUCUCGGCUGUCUCCUCUUACUUUGAGUCUCUUCCCUACCGUCUUGACGAAUCCACCGGUCAGAUCGACUACGACGCCUUGGAAAAGAACGCCUUGUUGUACCGCCCCAAGGUCAUUGUGGCCGGUGCCAGUGCUUACGCCCGUAACAUUGACUACGACAGAAUGAAGAAGAUUGCCGACAAGGCGGGCGCUUAUUUGAUGGCCGAUAUUGCUCACAUCUCCGGUUUGGUCGCCGCCGAUGUCUUGCCUGGUCCUUUCCAGCAUGCUGAUAUUGUCACCACCACCACCCACAAGUCGCUCCGUGGUCCCCGUGGUGCCAUGAUCUUCUUCAGAAAGGGUGUCCGCAGCGUUGACAAGAAGGGCAAGGAAACCUACUAUGAUUUGGAGAACGCUAUCAACCAGUCCGUGUUCCCUGGUCACCAGGGUGGUCCUCACAACCACACCAUUGGUGCCUUGGCUGUUGCUUUGAAGCAGGUCAAGUCUCCCUUGUUCAAGGCUUACCAACAGCAAGUCCUUGAAAACAACAAGGCUUUCGCUCAAGCCUUCCUCGAUCUCAAGUACGAGCUCGUCUCCGGUGGUACGGAUAACCAUUUGUUGCUGGUCAACCUUAAGCCCAAGGGUGUCGAUGGUGCCCGUGUCGAACGUAUUCUCGAACUCGUCAACAUCGCCGCCAACAAGAACACCGUUCCCGGUGACAAGAGCGCUUUGAUCCCCGGUGGUCUCCGUAUCGGUACUCCCGCCAUGACCAGCCGUGGUUUGGAUGCCAACGAUUUCAAGAAGGUUGCUCACUUCAUUGACCGUGCUGUGCAAAUUGCUCUCGAAGAGAACAGCAAGGUCAGCGGUUCCAAGUUGGCUGACUUUAAGAAGCACAUUGGCGACGGUUCCCAAUUGGAAUCCGUUCAAAAGUUGAAGUCUGAAGUCACCGAGUUCGCCAAGAGCUUCCCCACCGUCGGUUUCUAUGAGGAAGAAAUGAAGUUCUGAAGAAGAAGAAAAGAUAAGAAUUCCCCUUAGAUAAAAACCCUCAUUAUUUGUCUUUAUUGUUUUUCAUUCGUGUAGUUCUGUGCUUUCAAUUAUAAUCAACAUGAUUUUCUCAUAUCCCCUUUUUGUAAAAGAAACAACC